GCUUCAGCCGAUCAUUGAUCGCCAGGGAUCGGCUGCGUUUGGUGCCGUGCGCUGGAGCUUUGAUCACACGCACGGACACGCUGAGGUGUGUUUGGUGGAUUUAUAUUUACCGGUCUGUAGCUGAGAAACUGCCCAUCGGCUUUGAUAUGUCCAAAAUGAAGAUAGACAGCAUUUGGUGGACUUGGAUGGUGGCAGUUGUGCUUUUCUGUAGUGUAACAAAGAUUUUUGUGAAGGCAAGCCUUGAAGCCAAUGAAUCACAGCAGCAUCAUCAAACCAAUGUGUACCAUGACCUUGGACUCACCAGGAACAAGAUAGUCACAGCACAGUUUGAGUGCUAUCAGAAGAUAAUGAAGGACAACACCCAGAAUGCACAAGAUACAGUGUGCAAUCGCACCUGGGAUGGCUGGCUGUGCUGGGAUGACGCUAAGGCAGGCUCUACCUCAGAGCAGCACUGCCCCGACUACUACCAAGAUUUUGAUCCUUCAGAGAUGGCUACAAAGAUUUGCACUGAAAGUGGUAACUGGUUCCUGCAUCCUGAGAGCAACCGGACCUGGACCAACUACACUCGCUGUAAUGCACAUACUAAUGAAGGAAGAAUGACUGCCAUGAAUCUUUUCUACUUAGCUCUCAUAGGGCACGGGCUGUCCCUGACAUCCUUAUUCAUCUCUCUGGCAAUAUUCUUCCAUUUCAAGAGUUUAAGCUGCCAACGGAUCACCCUUCAUAAAAACCUCUUCUUUUCAUUUGUUCUAAACUCCGUGAUCACCAUCAUUUGGUUGACAGCGGUGGCAAACAACCAGGAGCUGGUGCAGAGGAAUCCAACAAGCUGCAAAGUGUCACAGUUUAUCCAUCUCUACCUCUUUGGCUGCAACUACUUCUGGAUGCUGUGUGAAGGAAUUUACCUGCACACCCUCAUCGUGGUUGCUGUGUUCGCGGAGAAACAGCACCUGAUGUGGUAUUAUCUUCUUGGCUGGGGCUUCCCUCUCAUCCCAGCUUCCAUACAUGCCAUUGCACGAAGUUACUACUACAAUGACAACUGUUGGAUCAGCUCCAGAACAUCACUGCUUUACAUCAUCCACGGCCCCAUCUGCGCUGCUCUGUUGGUCAAUCUGUUUUUUCUGCUUAAUAUCGUGCGGGUGCUCAUCACCAAACUGAAAGUGACCCAUCAAGCAGAGUCCAGCCUCUACAUGAAGGCUGUGAGAGCGACCCUCAUCCUGGUUCCUCUUCUGGGGAUUCAGUACGUGCUGCUUCCAUACAAGCCAGAAGGACGGGUGUCUUCAGAAAUAUACGACUACAUCAUGCACAUACUCAUGCAUUACCAGGGUCUGCUGGUGGCCACCAUUUUCUGCUUUUUCAAUGGAGAAGUCCAGGGGGUACUGAGGAGGCACUGGAAUCAGUAUCAAAUCCAGUUUGGAAGCAGCGUAGGAACCCACUCAGACGCCCUGCGGUCAGCCUCCUACACAGCUUCCUCCAUCACCGAGGUGCAGGGCUGCUACAGCAUCGACGGACACACAGAACACAUGAACGGCAAGGGCUGCCACGACACCGACACCUCCUUCUUCAAAUCAGACAAUCCCUUCGCCUGACUGUGGCGAUCUUCUCGCCCUACCCCCCCACCUCUAUAAAUGCAGCGUGUGUGCGUGUAUGCAUGUGGAUAUCCACGGCGAGUAGCGAUGCAGAGGGAGCGAGAACUCACUUCCUCUGAUACCAUGUGGGACGUGAGACAUGAAGAGAAGGAUUUUAUACACGCGCCUCAACCCACUUGAAGCAAAGUGUGGUGUUUUUAUUCCCCUCCAUUAUACUGACACCGGCCCUUUAAUCAUGCUGAUCUCCACAGAAACACAUUGACGUUCACAGAAUGUCAUUUUUGAGAUGGAUUUUAACUGUUAUUGAGGUAAUGUGGACAGAAAUCAUCUUUGAAUUCUUUUGAUGCGGUUUGUGCCAAACCAAUAAUUAUUUUCCUGGGUUUAUUAUUACAAAACUAUUAGAAAAGCUGGUUUAUGGUUGUAGCUAAAUGACGCCGCUAGUUAUGUUAUAGAUGCUUAUGCUUGUGUUUGCAUUUAGACCUCUGACUUGCUGCUGUUUUAUGAAUAGAUCAAAGAACUGGUUGAUGGCAGCAUCACUGUAAGCUGAAUUUAAGAAGAUGUUGCCGAAUGACUUGUGUUUGUUGAUGUUUCAGUAUAUUUAUGUUGAAAAUAGGGGUUUGGCAAUUCACACAUAUGAUUCUGAAAUAGAUUUUAAAUUAAACAAUAUGGCUUCAUCAAUAUACAGACCCAUGAGUCAAACUAAAUGUACUGUGAAGCGAUAAAUGGCUUGAUUUUAAUGGUUUAGAUUUAAUAAACUAUUGCCAUGUCUUCAGACUUUCAUAAAAUUUCAAAGAUCAGCACAAUUGGCUCUCACAAGGCUGGUGACAGGGACAUGGACUUCGCAAGGU